GUGGGUGCCAAGAGAAGAGAUAAUACAAUACAAAAAAAUAUGGAUAGUGUUGAAAGAAGUGGAAACAUUGAAUGGGAAGGAAAGAUGACAAAGAAGAAGGAGAAAGGAGUCUUGUUAGAAGGCUUCGUAGAUGAAAAUCUUUCCAGGACGAAGAGCUUAACCGAUGAAGAUCUUGACGAGUUGAAAGGAUGCUUAGAUCUAGGAUUCGGAUUCAGUUACGAUGAGAUUCCGGAACUAUGCAACACACUUCCGGCGCUAGAGUUAUGCUAUUCGAUGUCGGAUUCUGGUUCGUCGUUUGCGAAUUGGAAGAUCUCGAGUCCAGGUGAUAGUCCUGAAGAUGUUAAAGCUAGGUUGAAAUACUGGGCGCAGGCGGUUGCUUGUACGGUUAAACUUUGUAGCUAGAUGUUGAUUUGCACAUGAAGUAUGUAUGAUUCUCUGGAAUAGGUACUGAUGAAUUUGAGAAUGAGAAGGAGGUGUUGUGUUGUUGUUGCUUUCAUCCAACUCUCUGCGUCUCUCUAGAGCACUUACGAUAGCUUCGGAACUUAACAUCGAUUAAUUUCGUGUUCAUAUUGUUCAUUAUUGUAUCAUCCAGGUUAUUAAUUGAUCUAAUAAAAUAUUAUGAUUAUGAUUA